GAAGAGGAGAGAGAGACAACUCUGAAAUCGGCAGACAAUUUAUAGUGAGUUUUCACCAUGUCGGGGAAGGAYAGAAUCAAUGUCUUUCCAUCUAGGAUGGCCUUGACACUGAUGAAGGCUCGACUAAAAGGAGCUCAGAAGGGGCACAGUUUACUAAAGAAAAAGGCAGAUGCAUUGACCCUAAGAUUUAGAAAGAUACUGAAGAAAAUUAUCGAGACCAAGCAUUUGAUGGGUGAAAUAAUGAAGGAAGCAACUUUCUCGUUGGCAGAGGCAAAUUUUGCUGCUGGAGACUUCAGCACUGGUGUAUUGGAGAAUGUAGAUAAAGCACAGACAAAGAUCAAAAUGAGGAAGGACAAUGUUGCAGGAGUGCAGUUACCUAUCUUUGAGGCAGUUACUGAUGGAACUAAUAGUUAUGAGCUGACCGGACUAUCAAGAGGUGGUCAACAAGUUAGUAAAUGCCAAGAAGUAUAUGGAAAAGCUGUGAAGUUGCUUGUUGAACUGGCAUCCUUACAGACAUCUUUUGUCACACUUGAUGAAGCAAUUAAAAUCACCAACCGUAGAGUGAAUGCAAUAGAACAUGUUAUCAUUCCAAGAAUAGAGAGUACUGUUAGUUACAUUCUUGGUGAGCUGGAUGAACGUGAAAGAGAAGAAUUCUAUCGACUCAAAAAGAUUCAAGAGAAGAAAAAGAUUCUGAAGGACAAGGCUGAGAAAGAGAAGGCCAAGAAGGGCAUGGACUUAGCAGACCACCCUUCAAAUUUGUUGGAAAAUGAAGAUGAUGAAGAUUUACUUUUCACUUGAUAAAAACUUUAAUAAAAAUUUAUACAUGUAGGAAUCAUUCUACAACAUAGAAUUUUACAAUAUUAUUAUUAGCAUUGACUGGCUCAAUCUAUUGAUGACAAAAUCAAAUAUCAAAUUGUCAAUUGUUAAAUUGUCAAAGAUCUUAAAAUACCAGAAUGCUACUGAGGUUUAAAAAUCAAUAUUCUCAAUUCAUGUAUAAUCAUGUAAUCAUCUUACAAUAAUAUUGAUCUUCAGCAAUGUUGARUUCAAUAUUCAUCUCCCAUUUUAUUGUAUAAUGAUUUGAUCUGAUUGAAAUAAAUUCAGGGUACAAGGGCA